AAAAAUGCCUCAUGGUAAAAUUUUACCUCGUGGUAAAAGAGUUAAAGGUGUCUCCUUUGUAGCGCGUUUUAAAGUAAAAGUAAAUUGUAAAUGUACGCCACUGGUUUUGGUCACAGUAAAAAAUGUGCUUUAUUUCUGAACUUGCUAUGCUUGCGUGCUGUAAGGUCCCGUGGCGUUCGGGGACUUGUUCCAGAUGGAGCCGUUCCGCUGAUAACGCUGGUGUCCGUGUUCCCCAGGGCCCGGCGUUCCGCCCCCCCGCGCACUCGCGCAGCGACUGGAUCGGGCCCCCGGACCAGCACUCCAACCUGCGCCCCAUCAUCUUCUACGCGCCCCCGGACGAGUCGGCGCUGGAGCGGCGCCUGCGGGAGGCGCGCCAGGAGGCGCAGGCCAGCAACCAGCGCUUCUGGGCACGGCACAACCGCGCCUUCCGCCAGGAAAAAGAAGAAUUUAUUUAUUCAAGACUGAAAGCCAAGGGUCUGGAAAUGAGAGAUGAAUCAGGUCAAAAAGCAACACUGAAUGCAGAAGAAAUGGCUGACUUUUACAAGGACUUUCUAAGUAAAAAUUUUAAAAAGCAUUUGCAGUAUAACAGGGGCAAGAACUUGAACUGAAUUCUCGGAGGUUAAAAAGGGCUGAUGCAGACUAUACUGUGAACAAUUUGAAUUGCUUCCAGAAGCCAUGCAUGAUUCAUAAAAAUUAAAUUAUUUAAGGAUAUAAAGACUAACUUUGACAAUAUUAAAGGCAUUAUCUUUAAAAGAUACUGCAGUAGAAAGGUAAUAUUUCCCAUAUUGGUUUAUACAAUUAGCCUUUGAAGUGUGAAUUGAUUUUAUUUUUUCCUGCCCUUGUAUGAGACCAACUUCACCCUUUUCAACACAGGCAUCUUCAUCCACACACAAACAAAUCUUCUCUGAAGCACAGCAUUGGCAGGAAGCUAUCACCAAGAUAGCUUGGUGAUCAGCUUUACUUCUGAAACAUGAGACAUGGUUUUAACUAUUUUCUCUCACCUGAUUUCAAAUACAGUUGCAAGCCUGUAAUCCACGUGUAAUCUGUUCAUGAAUGUGGAUAUGCACAUAGACUUUUUCGUAGGUUAUUUAACUCUUAUUAGGCAGGAAAAGUGUUAUCACAAAGAAGAGAAAAUGCAGGUGAUCACUGAAAUGUCAUUUGUCAAUGCCAAAGGAUAUUUCAAUAUAAUUGUGUAUGUUUUUCCUGUUCUUAUUCUGUGUGCUGAUGAUUUUCUUGGCUUUGGAAUCCUAGAGAUUGGUAUAAACAUAACUUUAGGAUCACAUUCCUCAUGGCACAAGUGGCACUGGUGAGAGCUCUGAGGUGGCUUCGUCGGAGAAAGAAAA